AUGCCUGGAUGGCACUGCGCAGGAUGCCACAACUGUUCGCAGCGUCGAAUAAAUUGUGAUCGCAAUUCACCAUGUCAGAAAUGUAUAAAGAAGGGAAUUGAGUGCUGGGGCUUGGGUGUCAGGUAUAGGUUUAGCAAUGGUGUUGCCUCGAGAGGGAAGUUAGCUGGAAAGACCAUUCCCGUGACCGAUGACGAGUUCGCUGGUCCCAAUACUAUCACCGAUAAGAAGCCUGAUGAGGCUUCAACAACACAAACUCCUAUGUCACUUUUGGAAUACUCACUGGAAGAUCUCAUGACGUGCCAUAUCGAUCACCUCGACCAACAAGCGAGGUUUCUUCUUGAAUACUUUUCCCAGAAAGUAGCUCCAGCAAUGGUAGCGAUUGAUAUCAAAAAUGGCUAUCGCGAUAUUCUCCUUCCACUUUCAGAACACGACGAGAUCACGAGGAAUGCCAUGAUUGCCGCGUCGGCAUCUCACCUCUCUCACCAACAUCCGGACUCGAAAUGGCUGUCAGUGGCUCGAAAACAUCACACGGCAGCCAUUAAAGGUCUCCAGCGUGAUGGUAGUACCGGAGCAAAUACGUUUUCAGAUUUGGCCACCAUGGUCAUUCUGCUGAUCGAGGAAAUGGUAUCUGUUGGCGAAGACUAUAUCAUUCUCCUUAGAAUGGUAAGGAGUUUCGUUUGCUCUCGUGGUGGCGAUAAGAAGAUAGAACAGAGUCCAAUAGGACGGUUCUUGAUACAACAAAUCAGGAAAAUGACAUUGUACGCAGCGCCACUUGUAUCAGAGAUAUCUGCCACGAGCAGCUUGUCACACAUAUCAACCGCAGACAUCGCCAUUCUUUAUUGCUCACAAAUCGACUCAACAAAUGAAUCCAUCAUCGCAAAUGUUGCCGACCUCGUUCACCAGGCAAUGCACAUAUAUCUGUUGCGGGUGACCAAUAAUUCCGAAGAGGUUAUUGAAGAGCGAGUCCAGCAUUUUAUCGAUACCGCCUUAUUGUUUAACGCGACUUCCUUUGGUGGACAUGUUUUGAUAUGGCCUUUCUUCAUUGUUGGCGCGGAGUGUUCGAACACUCACCAUCAAGAGUUUAUUGUGACCCAGUUGCAAUGUCUCUGGAAAAGUACUGGAUUUGCGAACAUUUUAUAUGCGAUUUCCUUUCUGGAGAAGGUUUGGCAGAAUUUGUCGAGAGAGACUUGGCCAAGUAUGUUGGUUAAACAUGUUGAGGGCUUUAUUAUGUGA